AUGGUGGCACGUGAAACUACACCGAGUGCGGUCGGCCGUGAGAGCACCGCACUGAAUGUCGGUAAUGACAUUGUUGGCGAUACGCCGUAUAGUGUGGGCGGCCGUGAGGGCACCACACCUAAUGUCAGUAAUGACAUUGUUGGCGAUACGCCGUAUAGUGUGGGCGGCCGUGAGGGCACCACAUCUAAUGACAGUAAUGACAUUGUUGGCGAUACGCCGUAUAGUGUGGACGGCCGUGAGGGCACCACGCUUAACGCCGGUAAUGGCGUUGUUGGCGAUUCGCCAUAUGGUGUGGGCGGCCGUGAGGGCACCACACCUAAUGUCGGUCAAGACAAAAGCUCUCGUAUAGAGCAUACUAUGGUUGGUAGUAACCAUGGGGACAAUAUUGUCCCGACCCCUAAGGGGAGUAAGGUCUCGAAGAGACAAUCGAGACGCCGAGUAGCAGCUGUAAAGCGCCAGGCGUCCUCACAGUCACAUAGUGAGAUUAUCAAUACACUGUAUACACUUGUUAAUGGAGUGACUGGUCGGGUUGAUGGCAGUGUUUGCCUUGAAACCCUUCCAUCCGUGGACGCUCUUUGUGAGCUAGACGAAAUGUCUGAUGGCGAGUUUAGCCAGGCCUUGAAGGCAGGAGAGUUAUCCGAGUUAGCGGUCAUUAGACCUGAUACUGAGUUGAACUCUUCCUCGUUAAUGGAUGAGUCUGUCCUAGAGGAUACAAAGGCGGCACUUAGUGCACGAAGUGGAUCUUCGAUCCUUAAAGAUCCGUCGGAUCCGUUCUAUCCUUUAGUCAAGGAAUUUCAAGAUGUGGUGUGUCACAACCCACCUUCUGCCUUACCUCCCGAUAGAGGUGUACGUCAUGAGAUUGACUUGGUUCCUGGAACUAAAUACUGUGUAACACGGCAGUGGCCUUUGCCUAAAGAACAGUGCGACGUCAUUGACGAUUUCUUUCGUGCUAAGCACGCGGCUGGGAUGGUUCGUGAGAGCAAAUCUCCCCACUCAACACCGACAUUUUGCGUCAAAAAGCCAAAUGGCAAGUGGCGUAUUGUGCAUGCUUACAAUAAGCUUAAUGCAGCUACUAUACCGGCGCAGACGCCUAUUCCUCGAAAGGAUGUUCUUCAGAACAAUAUGGCGGGAUGUACACUGUACAGUGCACUCGACUUAGUCGAUGGUUAUUACCAACUGCUCAUGCGAGCAAGCGAUAUUCCGCUAACAGCGGUGAGUACUCCGAGCGGUAUGCUUUGGGAGUGGCUCGUUAUGCCGCAAGGGGCUAUCUAA